GCAGCUGAGUUCAGGGACCCUCAGGGCCGUGAGGGAGGCGGGGGUCCUGAGGCUGGACCGGGCAGGGCUGUGGGAGGCCGGGGGCUGGGAGGUCUGGUCUGAGGAAGGGAGCGUCCAUGCGGGAACUCAGGGAGGAGAGGAGCACGUGAGAGGUGGGGGCUCUGCCCACCUCCAGGCCAGCAGUUUGGGAACCUCAGCGCCCCACUGGACUGGUAGAGGGGUCGCGGUGGGCAGCAAGCGCCGCCGCCGCAGUCCAGCCGCAGUCCAGCCGAAGUCCCGCCCGCGCCGCACCCCUGACUCACUUCCUUUGCAAAGAAGCGGAAACCUCCCCAGGGCUUUCUCCAGUCCGGACGCUCCCAGGGUACCCGCAGGUGUCGCUGACCCGGUGAGGCCCCUCACCCCGCCCUGACCCACGCAGAGAAGCCCGCGCUGUCGGCUUCCUGAGUGGUAGGCCCCAGCCUCGGGCGUGGGCAGGCGUGUGGGUCUGGGGGCCAGUGAGAGCCUGACCUGACGCAGCUGCAGGGAGGGCGACCUGCAUGCCAAGCACCGCCCCUGCGCCAUGGACCGCGGCCAGUCCAGCCCGGAGCCCGCGGCCCCGGUCGCCCCCAGCCCGAGCGUGAUCGCUCCGGUGCGCGCCGUCGUCCGCCUACGCCACCAAGUGCGCCUCCUGCGCAAGCGGCGGCCGCCCCCGCCGGCCGUGGAGCCGGACCCCGGGGCUGCGGCGCCGCGCGUCCUCCGGGAGCAGCCGCAGUUCUUCACCUUCGACGGGCCGGCCGAGCUGGCCUCGAGACCCGCGCGGAAGCGCCGCCGGCGCAGCCGCCUGGUGCUCUACCCUGAGACCUCGCGCAAGUUCGGGCCGCGCGCCGAGCGCCAGAGCCGCGCCCAGCGCUGCCUGCUGUUGCUCGUGGCCAUCGUGGGCUUCCAGGUGCUCAACGCCAUCGAGAACCUGGACGACAACGCGCUGCGCUAUGACCUCGACGGGCUGGAGAAGACGCUGCAGCGCGCUGUGUUCGGGCAGCCGGCGGCCAUGGGCCGCCUCGUGGCUCUGCUGCGGGACUACCUGGCCACGCACGUGCACAGCCGCCCGCUGCUCCUGGCGCUGCACGGGCCCAGCGGCGUGGGCAAGAGCCACGUGGGCCGCCUGCUGGCGCGCCACUUCCGCGCGGUACUGGCGGACGGCGCGCUUGUGCUGCAGUACCACGCGCGCCACCACUGCCCCGCGCCGCGCGCCGCCGCUGGCUGCCGCGAGGAGCUGGCGCGGCGCGUGGCCGACGUGCUGGCGCGGGCCGAGGCGGAGGAGAAGACCCCGCUCCUGGUGCUGGACGACGCGGAGCUGCUGCCGCCGGCGCUGCUGGACGAGCUGCAUGGCCUCUUGCAGCCGCAGCGGCCGCCGCGCUUCCACAACGCCGUCUACGUGCUGCUCAGCGGCGCGGGCGGCGCUGAGGUCACGCGCUUCGUGCUGCAGAACGCGUCCCGCUCGGGGCACGCCGACGGGCCGGAGGAGCUGCGCGCAGCCGAGGAGGAGCUGCGCGCCAGCCUGCGCGCGCUGCUGAUCCGCCAGCAUCCGCUGUGGGAGGCCGCAGCCAUCGUGCCCUUCCUGCUGCUGGACAAGCGGGACGUGGUCAACUGCUUCCGGGAUGAGAUGGCCGGGGAGGGCUUCUUCCCGGAGCAGGCCCGGGCCGAGCUGCUGGCCGCGCAGCUCAGCUACUACCGCGUGGCCGGCCGCGAGUUCGCCGUCACCGGCUGCAAGCAGGUGGUGGCCACGGUCAACCUCUUGUAGCGCAGGUGCGCCUGGACGUGGCUGCCCGCUGCGCCACCAUGGGAAGUCCUUGUGGCCGUAGUCGUUGGAGGGGGGGAACUGCGGGUUUGCUGCGGCCUGUGAGGCCCGAAUAAAUCUGUCCGCGGCCUGCCGCCAACUCACGCUGGGACCUGGAGUGGGAGGGCCAGGCCGGGUCAGUUCUGACCUCUUC